AUGGAUACAGAGUUGGAAAGAGAAUUGAAUAUCAGAAUAAAUAGUGGUGAAAUUGUAGCGGAGGAAUUGAGGCACAAUAUAUGUAGUUUGCAUAACGAAGGCUUAGAAUUCAAAGUGAAGUUCGUAUUGUUUGUUGUUGGUAGGUUGUUAGCACCAAGUUUGGAUGACACAGUGAGCCGGUCUCUGGUGGCUGUAGUGGCUACAGAGGAGAAUAUGGAAAAUUUGAACUGGUCGAAAUUCAUACUUGACAAUUUGGUGAAGAGCAUCCGUGAUAGAGACGGCAACGGAAUAGCGGGAUGUGCACUUUUCUUGAUGAUUUACUAUCUGGAACGAUUCUAUAUCGAGGGUGAGGACGAGUUUCGCAAGUUCCAGCCGAGAGGGUCGAGGCUAAGAUUUUGGGGAAGGUACGAGAUUAAUGAAAGCGUGCGAAUAUUGAGGAGGAAUCACAUAUUUGAGGGGGAACAGUUUUACAAUAACAUAAGCUGUAGAGAAGACAUUGAUAGAAGACUGAUUGAAAUUGAAUGUGGUAAUAAAGAUGUGAAUGAUAGUAUUGGUAGAAUGGAAGCAAUGAUUGAAUGUCGUUUUGAAAGGCUGAGGAGCAUGUAUGAAAGUGGAAGGGUGUGCAAAACAAACCGGGCACUUGGUGUGGAGGGUGGGCAGAAGGACGAUUGGCGCGGUAAUGUUAAAAGAGGGAGUGAGUUACAUAAAUUUAGUCCUACAACGCCAGAUGUUAGGUCCAAAAGCAGGAGUGAAAAUGAUAGAGUCACUACGAAUAGUACUGUAAUGGGUGAAAAGAGUGCAUCGAAAAUUACAAAGUGGAGGAGUAGAAAGAGACUAAGGAUGGACAAUACGGAGAAGCCUGUGGGGGAAGACAAACAAAACAGAAGGCAAGGUAAAAGAAUAAAGAUGGAUAGCAGUGUGAUGAACAAGUGUCAAACGAAGAUCGUUGCUUUAUUGGCAAAGGAAACGAGGCUGGCAUCUAUCGGGGAAAAAUUGAGUGAGGGACGAGCAAAAAUACUGAAGUUCUUGUUUGACACUCAGCUGUCGCAAGGGGAAGUACUGGUGUCAAUUAAGGGGCAGACAGCAAGUCGGGAUGCAAUGGGGUCGUUGCUUCCUGAAAAACCCAUGGCAUGUGAUGUGAGUGAACUGCAAUAUAAUCCUGAGAUAGAGAAAACUGCUCGUGCAUUGAGAAAAGCAACAAGAGAACGAGCAGAGGCAUCCUCCUCAUCUACUGGACAUAAUUCAGUAGUAGAUUUUGUGGAUUCAUUUAGUGAGACGGAAGAGAUAGAUAGCACCAUGGCUAAUGAACGGACAUUGAGAGAAUUGGCUGCACCAGAUUUAAAUCAACAGCCUCUAUGCAUUACUUAUCCUACAUUAGAGGUUGCAUUUGAGUUAAAAUCUGGACUAAUCCAUUUACUUCCUUCUUUUCAUGGCUUACCAGGUGAAGAUCCCCACAAGCAUCUCAAAGAAUUCCAUGUGGUUUGCUCGACAAUGAAACCUCAGGGAGUCACAGAGGAGCAAAUUAAAUUAAGAGCCUUUCCAUUUUCCUUAGCCGAUAAAGCUAAGGAUUGGCUCUAUUAUCUGCCCUCUGGGUCAAUAUCCACAUGGACAGACAUGAAGAAGCAUUUUCUAGAAAAAUUCUUUCCUGCAUCCCGAGCUGCAAGCAUUAGGAAAGACAUCUGUGGAAUUCGACAAUUCAAUGGAGAGACUCUACAUGAAUAUUGGGAAAGAUUCAAAAGAAUUAUUGAUGCUGCCAGUGGGGGCUCCUUAGUGAAUAAAACACCCACGGAGGCAAGAAAUUUGAUAUCGAGUAUGGCUGCAAAUGCUCAACAAUUUGGAGACAGGCAGGAUAACACGACUCGUAGAGUCAAUGAGUUAGCUAUAGGACAAAUGCAGCAAUUGAAAACAUGUGGAAUCUGCUAUGGUUCGAGUCAUCCAACAGAUAUGUGCCCCACACUCCAAGAUGAUUCGACUGAGCAGGCUAAUGCAGUUGGAUUUCCAGGACCACCUCAGAGACGGUAUGAUCCCUAUGCAAACACCUAUAAUCCAGGAUGGAGGGAUCAUCCUAAUUUUAAUUAUGCAGUAAGGCCACCAGGAUUUUCACAUCAGUCACAAUAUCAACCUAGACCUCAACUUUCACAGCAACAACCUGCUCCUAAAUCAGUCAAUAGAUUGGAAUCCCAAUUAUCUGGAAAGCUACCUUCGCAGACAAUUGUCAACCCCAAGCAAAAUGCUAGUGCCAUCACAUUAAGAAGUGGCAAAGAGUUGCCUGAGCCGAGCAAGAAAAUUUCUGAACAAGCAAUCGAGGAAGAGCUCGAAAAAGAGGGGAAUGUGUCUCAACCUAGAGCCUUGGAACAACCAGAUUUUGGAGAAAAAUCAACACAAGUGGUUACACCUCCGCCUCCAUUUCCUAGUCGACUGGCAAAGUCCAAAAAGCAAGAGCACGAACAGGAGAUUUUGGACACUUUUCGAAAAGUUGAGGUAAAUAUCCCUCUUUUAGAUGCAAUUAAGCAAAUUCCUAGAUAUGCUAAAUUUUUGAAGGAAUUAUGCACUGGUAAGAAAAAGUUGAAAGGAAACGAGAAAGUGCAUAUGGGAGAAAAUGUUUCGGCAGUUUUGCAGAAAAAAUUGCCUCCUAAAUGCAAGGACCCAGGUAUGUUUACUGUCCCUUGCAAAAUAGGUAAUAUUAAAAUUGAAAAAGCUAUGUUGGAUUUGGGUGCUUCGAUAAAUGUUAUGCCUCGUUCUAUUUAUAAUUUGAUGAACAUUAGGCCUUUAAAAGAGACGGGCGUAAUAAUUCAACUGGCUGAUCGAUCAAAUGCCUAUCCUGAUGGAGUUUUGGAGGAUAUUUUAGUGCAAAUUGAUAAUUUGAUUUUUCCUGCAGAUUUUUAUGUGCUUGAUAUGGAGGAUGAUAAUUCUAAUUCAUCUCCAAUACUGUUAGGGAGACCAUUUUUGAAAACUGCUAGAACAAAAAUUGAUGUUUUCACUGGCACAUUGACUAUGGAAUUUGAUGGUGAUGUUAUUAAAUUUAAUAUUUAUGAUGCCAUGAAAUAUCCUGGUGAAUCUCAUUCAAUUUUUGUUAUAGAUGUAAUUGAUUCUUUGGCGCAGCAAAAUUUUGAAUUUAAUAAUGACGAUGCGUUGAAGUUUGUUUUUCCUUUUGAAUUGCAGGAAGUUAUUUUUGAAUUGAAUUCUCUUUGCCCAGAAUUUUCCAAUGUGUCUUACUUGGAAUUACCUCUGUCUCAUUCACAGCUUUUGCCAUCUAUUGUGCAAGCCCCGAAGGUGGAAUUAAAGCAGUUACCGGAUAAUUUAAAGUAUGCAUUCUUGGGAGAUGGAGAUACACUCCCAGUAAUAAUUUCCAGUAAAUUGACUGCUUUAGAGGAAGAAAAACUAAUUCGGGUGUUGAAGGACCACAAGGAGGCAAUAGGAUGGACAGUGGCUGACAUAAAAGGAUUAAGUCCAGCCACUUGCAUGCAUCGCAUCUUGUUAGAAGAUGGUGCUAAGCCUUCGAGAGAGGCUCAACGGAGAUUGAACCCACCAAUGAUGGAGGUAGUGAAGAAAGAAGUUUUAAAACUUCUUGACACAGGUAUAAUCUAUCCCAUUUCGGAUAGUAAGUGGGUAAGUCCUGUUCAAGUAGUUCCUAAAAAGACAGGAAUUACUGUUAUUGAAAAUCCUAAAGGUGAGUUAGUGCCCACUCGAGUUCAAAAUGGGUGGAGAGUAGAUAAGGCUAAGGUAGAAAUUAUCAAAUGUUUACCUUACCCUGCAAGUGUGCGGGAAGUUCGCUCUUUUCUUGGCCAUGCAGGUUUUUAUAGGCGUUUCAUCAAAGAUUUUUCAAAGAUAUCCCAUCCUCUAUGCAAAUUACUUCAAAAGGAUGUGGUAUUUCAUUUUGAUGAUAAUUGCAAGAGUGCAUUUGACACGCUCAAGGGAUCAUUGACUUCAGCACCAGUGGUUCGACCACCAAACUGGAGUCUUCCUUUCGAGAUAAUGUGUGAUGCCAGCAAUUUUGCUGUUGGUGCAGUACUUGGCCAGAAGGAGGGCAGAGCUUCUUAUGUCAUUUAUUAUACCUCGAGGACCUUGGAUGGUGCCCAGUGCAAUUAUUCGACUACGGAAAAGGAGCUUUUAGCUAUUGUUUUUGCUUUAGAAAAAUUCCGUUCUUAUUUACUUGGCACUAAAGUCAUUAUUUAUUCUGACCAUGCAGCUUUGAAAUAUUUGCUCAACAAGAAAGAGGCCAAACCACGACUUAUAAGGUGGAUUCUCCUACUCCAAGAAUUUAAUUUGGAAAUUAAAGACAAAAGGGGUGCCGAAAAUAUGGUUGCUGAUCAUCUCAGUCGUUUGAUCAAUAGUGAAGGACCUGCUCCCUUGAAGGAUAAUUUUCCAGAUGAGCAUCUUUUUGUAGUUCAAAAGACAACUCCCUGGUAUGCUGAUUUAGUGAAUUAUCUGGUUACUAGAACGCUACCUAAUGAUUUGUCUAGAGCUCAAAAGGAAAAAAUUAAAAGUGAUGUUAAAUAUUAUGUGUGGGACGAACCAUACUUGUGGAAAUAUUGUUCUGAUCAAAUUAUUCGCAGGUGUGUGUCUACAGAAGAGGUUCCAUCAAUUUUAUCUUUCUGUCACUCAUAUGCGUGUGGUGGACAUUUUGGCCCUAAGCGAACUGCAAGAAAGGUUUUAGAGUGUGGUUUAUUUUGGCCAACUUUGUUUAGUGAUGCAUACUUAUUUUGUAAAUCAUGUGCAAAUUGUCAAAAGACAGGUAAUUUAAGCCAUAGAGAUCAAAUGCCUCUUACUCCUAUACUGGUUUGUGAAAUUUUCGAUAUAUGGGGUAUAGAUUUUAUGGGUCCAUUUCCUUCCUCUUUUGGUAAUAUGUAUAUAUUACUUGCAGUUGAUUAUGUCUCAAAGUGGAUAGAGGCUAAGGCAACUAGGACUGACAAUGCUAAGGUUGUAGUUGAUUUUAUUAAAUCUCAUAUUUUUGUCAGGUAUGGCACGCCAAGAGCAAUUAUCAGUGACCGAGGGACACACUUCUGCAAUCGAGUAAUGGAAGCAUUGUUGAAGAAAUAUGGCGUCACUCACCGGGUUUCUACGUCCUAUCAUCCGCAGACUAGUGGUCAAGCAGAAAUCUCCAAUAAAGAAAUCAAGUCGAUACUUGAAAAGACGGUGAAUCCCAAUAGAAAGGAUUGGAGUUUGCGCUUAGAUGAUGCACUUUGGGCUUACCGUACAGCUUUUAAGACCCCCAUAGGUAUGUCUCCUUACCGAUUAAUUUUUGGCAAACCUUGUCAUCUACCUGUGGAAUUGGAACAUAGGGCAUAUUGGGCAGUUAAAAAUUAUAAUAUGCGGAUGGAUGAAUCUGGAGAACACAGGAAGUUGCAAUUGCAAGAGUUGGAGGAAAUCCGAAAUGAUGCAUAUGAGAGUUCUUGCAUUUAUAAGGAGAAGACAAAAGCAUUUCAUGAUAAAGCAAUUUCAAGGAAAAUUUUUUGUAUUGGUCAAAAAGUACUUCUUUUUCACUCUAGACUUAAACUUUUUCCUGGUAAAUUGCGUUCUCGUUGGAUUGGACCUUUUAUUGUGACUAAUGUGUUUCCUCAUGGUGCAGUAGAAAUUCAAAGUCUUCACACUGACAAGAUUUUUAAGGUUAAUGGUCAUCGUCUCAAACCUUUUUAUGAAGGAUUUCAAGUUAAUAAUGUUGAGGAGGUGACCCUUGCAGUGCCUGAACUCUCUGAUUGA